AUGUCGACCAGGGCGAGAGCAAGGCCAAAAGCGCUGCGGUUGCCAGUUCCAGACUUGCACAAGACGCUGCAGAAGUAUCUUCGUUCUGUAGUGCCACUCUUGCAAGACCAGGAGGCGCGCGGUGGGCCUGCUUUCGAUGUAGCCUACAAUGAGCGUGUACGGUGGGCGGACGAAUUCGAACAUGGUCUAGGAGCUGUCUGUCAGCAACGUCUACACGAACUCGACAGAGCGUCACCUCAUAAUUGGCUGGAUGACAACAUCUGGCUCAAGAAAGCCUACCACGAAUGGCGCGCACCACUUCUCGUGAACUCAAACUGGUGGCUCGCUUUUUACAACGAUAUUUCAGUCCCAUCCCAUGCUCUCACUUCACCGAAACCAGUGGGAGCAGCGGGCAUCACGUCUUGGCAGGUCAGAAGGGCUUCUUGGUUGGUCUAUCGCACUCUAGAGUUCAAGGACAAGUUAGAGCAACAAGAGCUGUACCCUGAAACGACAAGGACGGGUACAUGGUUCAGAGAAAACGCCCUCCGCACAUUCAACACCUGUCGCGUCCCCCAAGUCGACUGCGAUUUCCUCAGCUCCCACCCUCCACCCUCUUCCCCCGAUGCCCGUAAAAUCGUUGUCAUGAUCAGAGACUGGUUUUAUACCAUCGACGCUUACCAUCCAGACGGCAAACUCGUCUCGUCGAAUGAAAUGGAAAAGCGAAUACGACACGUCGUGCGAGAUGUCGAGACACGUAUGCGUGCCGGUGACGCUGCGGUUCCUGUUGGAAUACUGAGCUCGGAUGAGAGAGAUCACUGGGCAAAGAACCUCGAACACCUACUAUCACUGUCUCCGUCCAAUCACAAGACCUACACGACCAUCCAACAAUCUCUAUUCGCCCUGUCCCUCGAUCACUACACCCUCAACCCCUCUCUAUCCCCCCCACCACCAUCCACACCUACCUUCUCAUCUUCAAACUCGUCAUACCUGUCCCCACAGCCAUCACCACACACACCGCUCCCCAUCGACUCCGCCUCCGAGAUCGACUCCCACUUGCACAACAUCCGCUCCUCACUCAACGCCCACAACCGUUUCUUCGACAAAGCCUACACUCUCAUCGUCGAGUCUAACUCUCGAGCCGGAGCCAUGGGCGAACAUUCACCUUGUGAUGCUUUAGUGCCUAGUGUCGUGGCAGAGUACGCGAUCGUACAGGGGAUCGAGAGCGAGGCGUUUGAUUCGCCUGACCCUGAGGUUGAUUUUGCUGAUGAGGCUAAUGGGAAAGGGGAAGGUUGGGAGAGAUUGGAGUGGGUUACGGAUGAAUAUAUCGCGAGGGAGUGCGUCGAGGCGGAGAAGAGAGCGAAGGAAAUUAUCGCGGAUUCUGACGAUAGUAUGCUGUGGUUCGCGGAGUACGGUGCUGACUGGAUGAAGUCUAUCGCCCGACUCUCCCCGGACGCAUACAUCCAAAUGGCACUCCAGCUCGCAUGGUACAGAUCUAGAGGGACGUUCACCGCGACGUAUGAGACCGUGCUCACGAGACUCUUUGACCGUGGCCGGACGGAAACGAUCAGGACGCUCACGGCGGAUAGUAGAGCAUGGGUCCUGGCUAUGAACAAUGAGUCGUCUUCCCUCCGCGAACGCUUCGCCCUCCUCCGCCGUGCCAUUCAAACCCACACCUCACUCACCCGCGAAGGCGCCACCGGAAAAGGCAUAGACCGUCACCUUCUCGGUCUACGACUCAUGAUGCGUCCCGACGAGGGAGAAAAGUCGGAUUUGUUUGAGGACGAGGUGUUUGGGGAGAGCCAGACUUGGAAGUUGAGCACUAGUGGGUUGAGUGCGGGACAUUUGUUUAGGGGAACUGGGUUCGGAGCGGCAUACAACGACGGCUACGGGAUCAACUACAUCCUCUCCUCUGCAUUUCCGCCCCGUCCCUUCUGUCCAGACCUCUCCGGCCCCGAUAUGAUCAAAUUCGGAAUCGAGUCAAAGUACUCAUGUCCGCUCACUUCGACCGCGGCGUUCCAGGAGACUAUCGUCGCUGCGAUGCGGGAUAUGAAGCUUGUGUGCACGGAGGGUUUGACACUCGCGGAUGCGUCUCUUGGGCCUGUGAGUGGUGCUUCUGUGUCGGGGCAGGGACCGAUGGCGAGGCUGUAG